UGCGACUCCCUUGCCGAUCAAAACAAAAACACGCGGUUCUGGACUCGCGCGCAUGGUCGGCACCUGGCCGCGUAAAGUGAGAUCGUGGUUAUUAGACCUGCUACUGUCUUUGGUCUUAUUUACUGUGUUGUUUGGUUAGUAAGGCACUUAAGGUGUGGAAGUAAGCAUCCGAGUUCGGAAUAGACCGCUUGGCGGGUCCAGAAGCGGCGGGAACUGGAACUUGCAGUGGACGUGAACUGCCAGUGAACUGCUCUGGCCUGUGCAGGGCGGCUGUUUCUGUCUACAGCAUCGUCUCUGGAGGAAUCCGAACAUUCACUCUCAUUGCUGCCACCAGACCACAAUCACCGCACUCCCAGCCCACCGCCUUGCCUUUCUGCCACGAUAAUUCUCGAUAUUUGCUUUUUUGCAGCCAUCUAUCACCGAACAAUGUCCUGACCUUAUUUCAUAAUCUUUCGCUCCCUUGUUUGCCGGGUUUAUUGUAUCAGGGCGGCAGGCGGUCGCGGUUGCGGAGACCGUCAACACAGCGAGCAGAGUUACCACACGGCCACUCUUCCCGGAAAACUGCCCUGUCUGGAUCUCGUUACAAGCACUUCACUUCAGUCUCACUUUGACUUCACUGGGGCUCCAUCCGUCACCCGGCCAGAAUAAUCCUCACCGUGUCAUCUCCAGAUAACAUCACAAUGGCGGAAGAAUCCUCAAUUCCUUUAAGUAUCGAUCCCUCCCAGCGUCCCCGGACACCGUCGUUACCUACUCCCGUCGGCUCCAAAACUCCUCCCACCAUAUCGAGCAAGCGGUUUACCGGGAACAACGAGGGGAUGUCGGCAAUUCAGCGUGCCACGGAGGCGAUGGAGGCAGACGCCCUGCAUCGCCGGUUAAAGGAGAUCGAAAGCGCAGGUCGCCAAAGAGAGAGGACACCGGGGCGCAGUCCUAGCCGAAAGAGGCAGCGGAUAUACGGAGAUCGGUUCAUUCCCAACAGAGAUGGACAAGACCUGCAAGCCAGUUACAGUCUGUUGCUCGACGACGGAUCGCCAGCCACGCCCUCGAGGUCAAAGAAGAAGACGCCGAAUGGGGAGCUUCAUUUCCAGCGAACAGAAGAGGCCAACAGAACCUACUCGAAAGUGCUGCGCAAUGAGUUGAUGGGCGAUUCAGUACCACAAGACUACAGAUACGACACUCCUGAUGACCUCUUUGGCCGUCGGCAGACACCUCCAGGACAACCAUCAGCUUCGGCGCUUCCACCUGCGUCCAUCACACCGACUACCCCUCACAAAAACAUGUUCUCCUACAAAUCACCCCAGAAAGUGAUAGGAUCUGGCCAUCCAACCCCUUCCUCGAGAGCAGCGAAGCAUCCUGGGAUAAUCAAUUUGAACGCAAGAUCCGACCUCUACUCCAUAUCACCCAUCAACUACUCGUCACAGUCCAUCCUGCAGACCCCUCGAAAGCAACCCCGUCCGAUUGCCAAGGUACCUUUUAAAGUGCUUGAUGCUCCUGAGUUGGCAGAUGAUUUCUAUCUCAAUCUGGUGGAUUGGGGAUCGGCCAACAUCCUCGGUGUGGGCCUCGGGUCAUGUGUCUACAUGUGGAACAGUACUACAGGCAAAGUCACGCAGUUGUGCAAGCUACCCGACAAUGACCUUGUGACAUCUGUGUCCUGGAUACAACGAGGAUCACAUUUGGCCAUUGGAACGCACAAGGGCUUUGUCCAGAUUUACGAUGCGGAGAAGGGUCGAAGACUACGGACAAUGACCGGUCAUACCGCCAGGGUUGGUGCGCUAGCUUGGAACGACCAUAUUCUGACUUCUGGAUCAAGGGAUCGUUUGAUCUAUCAUCGAGAUGUUCGCAGUCCUGACCAAUAUCUGCGGCGAUUGGCUGGACACAAGCAAGAAGUCUGUGGACUGAGAUGGAACACUGAAGAUGGGCAACUUGCUUCGGGGGGCAACGACAACAAGCUGAUCGUCUGGGACAAACUCUCCGACACGCCCCGCUACCGGUUUUCGAACCACGUGGCCGCAGUCAAAGCCAUCGCAUGGAGUCCUCAUCAGCACCAUCUACUAGCAUCCGGAGGUGGUACGGCAGAUCGAACAAUCAAAUUCUGGAACACCUCAAACGGCUCCCUGAUCAAGGAGGUCGAUACAGGGAGUCAGGUAUGCAAUCUUGCAUGGAGCAAGAACAGCGACGAGAUUGUCAGCACACAUGGUUAUAGCCAGAACCAGAUUGUGGUGUGGAAAUACCCCAAAAUGGAGCAAGUGGUCAGCCUCACUGGACAUACGUUCCGUGUACUUUACUUGAGCACAAGCCCAGACGGGACCACGAUUGUGACCGGAGCAGGUGAUGAAACAUUGCGAUUCUGGCGCGUGUUUGGCAAGAAGGGCAAUGAGGGCCGAAAUAGUGAUGGGAUAUCGGGCCGGCUGGGCGACUGGGGCGCGAUCCGUUAGACUCGGUGCCUACCUGUGAUGAUGUUCAAACAAACCCAGCUUUUCACGAAUCACACGAAGCUCAAGAUAUAUGCCUCACGACUUCAUUCUCGGAAGGUCAUCAAACCUGGAAUCCCCAACUCUACAGGAUGUACAGGAUCCCGCGGAACUCGAGGAUGUCGUGCCACCUACCUACGGUUGGGUAUACACGGCGGAUUUUUCUGCGAGCUGCACAUUUUCAUCUCUUUUACACCCAAUGCCAGCUUGAAAUAGCAAGCUGAACAGCAACGGUCCUCGUUUCUUGAGGACAGAUGACCACGACAUGAUAGGACAGGUGUGGCAAGCUUUUGCUCAGAUCGAAAAUCAUCGAUUCAGGGUUGAGCGCAUGAGAUUUGGGGUCGGGGAAAGGCCCUCGGAUUUGUUAGCAUGGCGCCGGGUUGAUACAGUAGCAAGCAAGCAAGCAUUGAUUUAACGUUGGCUCUGACAUGGCGAAGUAGUUUUUCUGCAUUUUUGACUCGAUUUAAUGACUUCCAGAGCUCUCCCACCGCAGAGUAAUAGAGUUACAGUGCCUGUGCCAGUCUAGUCGGCGCGAUUGUCGCCAUCAAGAAAACCAAUCCAUCAUCCAUUAUUGAAGCGCC